AGCGGUCCCUCACAUCCAGGACCAAAUGCUGCUUAUGAGACCGCUGGCAAUCCUACACAGAAGGAGCCUGUUGAGGCUUCACGAGCACAGCAAAAUGCCCAGAUGGAUGAUGACAAUGCCAUGUACGUCUGGAAGCAUUUCUCACGCCGAGGAGCCAACGAAGGCGAGGUAGGCUUUGACAAGGCUGUGCCGACAUCACUGGGUCGAGGCAUUCAUGGAGCACCUCCAGGCGAAGAGACCAAGGGCUACACGCAAGCCAGUUAUGAUAGUCAAGAGCUUGAUGCCGAACAGAUGGGUGCUCCUGGCGAGGGCAAAGUGUACGCCGCAGUGAAGAACAAGCCCGGUGCGUCUGGUAGCCAGCCUGGUUUCGAAUCAGAUCUUGAGCGUAAGAAGGCCGAGCAGGCACCAGCUCGGCAGUCGAUAAAGGAACAAAAGCAAGAGGAAGUGGAUGUUGGCGGAAUUCUAGGCCAGCGAGGCGGCCCUGCAAAUCCUGUUGGCAAGAACAACUAUCCCAAUUCA